CACCCACGCCGGCGGCAGGUAGAGCGCGGGCGGCUGCUGCCCCUCCUCUCCUGCGCCAUCCUCGCGUGCUGCGUCGAGGUGGCGGCGCUCCGGGACUUCUCAGGUUACCUAACCAAACUUCUUCAAAAUCAUACUGCUUAUGCCUGCGAUGGGGAACGUUUGAGUCUGCACUGUCCUCGGCAUUCAACAAUAAGUAUUCAGUCAGCACUUUACGGGCAAGACUACCAAAUGUGUGGCACACAACAGCCUGAAGCCAGAAUGACAGAACCCACAAACUGUGUGGCACCCACCUCCUUGCAGAAAGUACUGGAUGAAUGCCAAAACCUGAGAUCCUGCCAACUUCUUGUCAAUAGUCGGGUUUUUGGACCUGAUCUAUGUCCAGGGACCACUAAAUUCCUCCUUGUCUCCUUUAAAUGCAAGCCUACUGAAUACAAAACCAAAUCAGCCUGUGAAAACCAGGAACUGAAACUCCACUGUCAAGAGUCCAAGUUCCUUAUUAUCUACUCUGCCACCUACGGCAGUUGGGCACACAAGGACAACAUCUGCUCGGCCAAGGCAGAACGUGUCCCUCAGUUUGACUGCUUGUCUCACACAGCGCUAGAAGUUUUAUCAAAGAGGUGUUAUGGGAAACAGAGAUGCAAAAUUAUUGUCAGUAGCCAAGAUUUUGGAAGUCCGUGCCUACCUGGAGUGGCAAAACACCUAAACGUCAGCUAUGCAUGUGUUCCUAAAUUCAUCCUCACAGCUGUCAACCACCUGGUCACUCACAGCAAUUCUUCCGUGAAGCAGAAUGAUGGUGAACAUGGUAUUGAUAUCGAUCCAAAGGAAUCAAGAUCUCCAAAGAAAGAUGGCACCAUUGUUAGCAACUCCUUGGCUACAUUUGCAUACAUUAGAGAUCACCCGGAAAGAGCUGCUCUGCUGUUUGUGUCCAGUGUUUGUGUGGGAUUAAUCCUCACGCUGUGUGCUUUGGUGAUCCGCGUGUCCUGCUUUAAAGACUUCCAGAAACUGCAGGGAAAGAAGGAGCACUUGGUGCCAGAAAGUGAUGGAGUGGAUGAGAGCAGUGAGAGCGAGGAGGAGGAAGAUGAAGACUCCUCUGGGUCAGAGCUGCCGGACGAGCUAGCAGAACUUUACAGACCUUCUUACUCAGGUUAUAACUCAGCUGAAGCAGCGGACCUGGCUGAGCGGAUAGAGCGGAGGGAGCAGAUCAUGCAAGAAAUUUGGAUGAACAGUGGUUUGGAUAUGACACCGCCCAGAAAUAUGAACACAUUUUAUAUCAAUGAGGAAUAAUGGCUUAUUUCGGAUGAUGCUCUCGCCCCUUUUUUUUUGUUUUUGUUUUUAAAAAGAAAUGUACCUUCUGUGAAGGAACAUUUGUAACAGUACAGAUAAUUAUUUCUAAAGUAAGAAGAAAGACGUACAAUAAAAAGAGAGUUUCAAGCC